AUGUUUUCUAAUCAAGUUCUUGCGAUCUCUCAUUCACAAUCCGAUCUACCCCAUCCACCACAGACAACUGAUAUUCAAUCAAAAGCAGGUUGUGAGUCCUGUCGAAGGAAAUGGAAGAAGAUUCUUUUGACAAGUCUAGCAAUAACACUAAUGAUGACCAUAGGUGUUAUCGUCGUAAUAUUUAUGGCAAAGGAAAAUUCAGUUCGACUGGCUGCUACCGCAAGACCGACAACGACAACAACAAUUGUUACGACGACAACAGCACUUGUUAUGACGACAACCACUAGAACCAUUUUCAUGAAAGCACGAACAAACGAUAUCUCCUUCGUCCUAGCUUCACACCGAUGUUACAUGCGAAUUUAUAACACUGAUACUUUUACCGAUAAAAACUGCGGUGCAUUUGUAUUUCGUACUAUCAACACUAUUUUGCUAUCGUACUCAAAUGGCUCACUGACAAUCGAUUUCUUUCAAACACACACUAAUUAUCAAACUUAA